CAAUAAAAAAAUUUGUUUACUAAAAAAAAAUGUCCUCCGACUCCAUUUGUUAAUAAAACUUUGUAAGUCGGAAAGAUCGCGGUAUUUGAUAUUUCACCCUUUCGAUCGAGAUUUCACGCACGAGAGUAGGACAUGUCUUCGGACGCGCAAGAACGUCUGCGUCUACUCUUAUUGUAUCCGAUCAUGUACAAACGAGGACAAAGCAACAACGGAAGAAGACGCGGGGGAGACAUGACGGGAGACAAGGCGGGUGUGAAAGGGAUCGAAAGGGGCGAAAAGCGGUAGGAAGCUGUACGAAGAGCAGAAGGGCGAAAGGAGAAGGGAGGUGAGCGCGUACCUCACCUGGCAUACCGGGAGAGUAUCGCGACACAUUUUGAUCGAAUUCUUCUCGAGGUCGGGGAAUGCCGGUAUCUCCCGUAGAUAUUAUUACAUAUUUAGGCGGUACGCGGCUCUCUCUCUUCUUUCCCCCCUCCUCUCUCUCUCUCUCUCUCUCCCUUUCGUUUGUCUCCCUUUUCGUUUCAGAGAGGUAAUACACUUAGAGACGUAUUCUCUCUCUCUCUCUCUCUCUCUCUCUCUCUCUCUCUCUCUCUCUCUCUUUCUCCUCUCUGUCGGCACGGUGCCGCGGGGCGUACAUAUCUGGCUCACUAUACUUGCACUACUGGCUGUAUCCUCAUAGCUCUCUCGCUCUCCUCGCACAGACCUCGAAGGAUCGCAGUUCUGCGCGAUAUCCUGCAUAUCUCGGCAUACCGUCCCCGUCGUUUCCGACAUUGUUCCCUCCGCCCGCCCCCGCGCGGCUCCCCGGCCCCGAACCCGGACGCGGAAUAAUCCCACUCGUUCGACGUCUACCGGGCCCGGCUUCCCGGCCGGAUUCCAGUCGAUUCUGGUACCGAGCUUGUGCAGGGUGAGAAGCUCCGGCAUCGGGCAUGAUAAUUGGAUGCUUUUCCGUUCGCCCUCCCCUCCAUUUGCUUGUCCCGUCGUUCCCGAAAAACCGUGACGAAGAAGACCCGCAUAGGGUGCUUGAUGACAAAAAAAAAAAGCGCGUUAUCCGGGUAUAAGAUAUUACAAUCAGAAUUGAGAUAUGCCGAGCAAAUCUGUAUUCCACAAGGAUCCGCAAAAAUUGCCUCACGAUAAAAGAAUAUUAUUUUAAAUCGUAUUUUAAUUUGGUUAUCAACUGAAAAAUAUUUUUGUUACGUUUAUAAUUAAUAAUUUAACUAUUUCACUUACAGUUUAUUAAACAAAUAAGAAUUAAGUACAUAAGAAAGUAAAAAUAAAAAUUACAAAAAUAGAAAUUGAACGAAAUUGGCCCGACACCUAAUCCUAUAACUUCAAAUGAAUCGUUUCUUUUUGUGGAGUAAUAUUCCCUAGGUAUAUUUGCUUUCUUUUUUUAAACACGGAAGCUAAAUCACAGUAAGCUGUCUAUGGCGUACAGUUGACGGAGUUAUCUCGCGAAAAUCGCACGAUAUUUGCAACAAACAUUCUCUGAGUUAUUGCAAUGGGCCGUGCGUCCAUCACGCGAGUUCACGUCGAUGGCCCGGUAACGUCGAAAUGCGUUUGUUGAAUAUUCAAUGUCCAGUAUCCGACUCCCCGGGGGACAACGACCAUAAGCACUGGAUUCUAUUAGCAAACAGUCACGAGAACAAUGGUGCGUCGUCGAUGCGAUUCCGUCGAUAUACAAGCGGCGAGUCGAUGAUCGAGCCCGAUAAAUGCCGGCCACCUUCCUUCGGCACAUUUCACGGCGAACGUCCGUCCCGGGGAUACUAUUCGCAUAUCUAAAUCCCGUAGAACGUCCCUGCCCGUACAAUUCCCAGGAUUGUUACCGGUCCGCAGGACCACUUGCCGCUACACUCCUUCGUGCAUGACCGGCCCUUAAUUCGUCAAGAACGCCGUUUCUCAACGUCGUACGUGAGCUAACAAUGUCAAAUCCAAAACAUUCGAAUUGCGUCCUAUAUUCUUUAACCCUCGGCCUUAUUGCGUGCUGAAGUCCGGUCUGACCUGAAUAUCCCCGAGAAGUUUAAGGUUGCGUUCGGAAAUAUCACUUUCAUUAUUUUAGCCUUGUUUAACCAUUGGAAUAAAUAAGGAUAAAAUAAAUGGAAGCGCUCGGGUAUAAAGAACAUAUUGAUAUAUUACUAGUCGGUUUGUUACUUCUCUUUUCAAAUUUUGAAAUUUUACCACAAUUUUAUGUCUCCGUUCUUCAAGAGAAAUAUACUAAUAUAUUGAUAUACAUAUUUAAUUGUUACAAGUUGUGUGUUAACCUACCGCAAUUUUAAUUAAGAAUAUAUCAAUGUUGUCUUAUUCUUUUUGAAUUUCGUCUGGAAUUACUUUUCUUUGGAAAAAUUACCAAUUUGAUAAAACGUAAAAUUCUGCAAAUUUAGAGGUGCCAAGGCAGAAUACGGAUGCCCGAAAGGUAUUCUACGUUUGACACUCGAAUAAGAUUUGAAGACAUCGGCCUCGAAGCAUGUGCGAGAAUACGUCCGACAUCGACGAAGAUUUCUUCGACGCAUUAGCAUUGUUGCAUUCGACUGAGCGAGACAGUGCGGGGAAGCUUUGUCGGAUGCUGGACGCAUGCAUCGAACGAAAGCACGGUUUCGAAAAGACUUUAGCCGUCAGAAUGCCGAAGCGAUUUUUACAAAACGUCAACGCAUCCAAUGACCGCAUAACCCAAGGAUGUAGCGUAAUAAAGUCUGAGAUCUGGGACGGUGAUCCUGAGAUCAUUUCUUUUCUUGAAGCUGACAAAGCGGAGAACAUUGAGACGACUGAUGUAAAAGUGUUCGAGGUCGACUAUGAAGAGUGUUGCGAGGACGAGGAAGACGUUCCUAGGAUCUCGAUUCCCGACGAAGGAUCCGCCGAUGGAACUUUGUGCAAGAUCUGUAACGGUGCGAAAUUGGGACCCUUGAUCUUGCUGGAGUGCCAGGAGUGUCAAGAGGCUUAUCAUCCGUUGUGUCAUCAACCUCCGGUCAUCGAUGUCGAUGUUUACGAUCCUAGAUUUGUGUGGCGGUGUAAACGAUGCGCUGAUAUCCCAUCGGUGACUGCUACGAGGGUUAAAGUUAUGGAAAAGGGACCCAUGGGGAAAGUUCAACGAAAUAGUGAUACGGUCAAAGAGAAUGCGAACAUUUCGGGAUUGAGCAUAUCUGGAAAAAAGGAUGGCGAUUUAUUUGUGAAGAACGGUAAGGUUUAAGAAGAACGUCGACAAAUAUUUGAGUUUUUUUCCUCUUAUUUUCUUAAUUAUACACUGAGAAAAAAAUGUUGUUAAUUUGACUAAAUUAAAUUUCGUCUAUUC